UUAUUAUAUCUCGCGCUAAUCGAGAGACUCGCGGAUGUUGGAAUAUACUGGACGAUUUUUCCCAAGGCAUACACGCACAAAGAGAAAUAUUUUCGAACAUUUUAAAAGAAGCUGGAUCGUGCAACGUAGAAAAAUUAUAUCGACAGAUUUAUAAAAUUUUUUAACUUGUUACGAUGAAGACGAUCGCUCGGACAUAAUAGCGAGCAUUGGACGUAUACGUUUACAGAUCUUAAGACAAAGACGGCUCAAAAAAUUGUAGAUAUCUUUUAGAAUUGUCCGGAGCAAUCUGGUGAAUAUUGAAAACAUCGCUUAAAACAAUAAAACCGCUAGUUGCAAGUUAAACGCGUUAUUCUUUAAAGAUCGAAGAAGGCGUUAUAUAAACAGACAGUUUAGAGAAUAAACAAUUCAACAAAAUAAAAUCAAAUAGAAGGAGACACCAUGACGAACACGGAUAUUAAUGACACGAACGAACGAACAAAUACUAAUAAUGUGAAAGAACAAACAGAUGUUAACAAUACGAAUGAAUACAAGGACAUUAAAAAUGCAAACGAACAUGUUAAUAAUGCGAAUGGACAAACACAUCUUAACAAUGAGGGUAUUAAUGACACGAACGAACGAACAAAUACUAAUAAUGUGAAAGAACAAACAGAUGUUAACAAUACGAAUGAAUACAAGGACAUUAAAAAUGCAAACGAACAUGUUAAUAAUGCGAAUGGACAAACAAAUCUUAACAAUGAGGGUGUGUAUGUAUUAACGUGCAUGGAAAUCAAGAUGGAACCCAGCGUUACUCAAGAAAAAAAAUGGGAACGAACAGGCACAAUCUAUCAGAUAUUGAUGGCCUUAUGCGCCAAUGUUGUGGUGUUGGGUCCAGCAAUGGGUUUCGGUUACAGCGCUGUAGCAGAACCUGCGAUGAGAGCAAAUAAGACUGAUGGUGAUUUACAACUCGAUGCUAAUCAAGCAAAUUGGAUGGCUACUGUAUCGGCGUUGGGUACACCUAUUGGUUGUCUACUCUCGAGCGUCGUGAUGGGACGAGGAAGAAAGAUUAGCAUGUUUGUGACAUCAUUGAUCUCAAUGGCGGGCUGGGUGAUUAUUUACAUGUCGAACAGUUAUGUACAAAUCUUAGUUGGGAGAUCAAUUUCCGGAAUAUCCACUGGCAUGGCGUCUGUUCCGACGACAGUGUAUGCGGCGGAAAUAGCGGGAUCAAAAUGGCGAGGCUCGAUGGUUACAUGGACCAGUAUCUCUAUCGCUCUUGGUGUUCUCAUUGUUUAUAUCUUCGGAUAUAUUUUUCAGGAUAAUUGGCGACUGGUGGCUUUAAUGUGCGCUCUAUUUCCAUUGUGCGCGAUCGCCCUCACUUUACUGGUGGUACCUGAGAGUCCUCUGUGGUUGAGGGAUCGAAAUCGGCCCGACGAAGCGCUGGAGAUAAUGAAAAAGUUCCGCGGAAUACCAAAGGAUGAGCCGGCACCGGCAGAAGUCUUGUUUGAACUAAAACCGCGUCCGCAGAAGAAGAAUCAGAACGUGCUGAAGCAUCUGAUAAAAAAGAGCUCUCUCGUACCAUUCGGCAUAAUGCUUAGCUUCUUCUUUUUUCAACAAUUCUCCGGGAUCUUUGUUGUCAUAUACAACGCCGUUGGAAUCAUGGCUAAAUCAGGUGUUAAAGUGGAUCCUUUCCUUGGAGCAGUAUUGAUAGGCAUCGCUCGUUUUAUAGCUAGUCUCUUAACGGCAGGUGUGUCCCGAAAAUUCGGUCGACGAAUACCAUCAAUGAUUUCCGGUAUUGGGAUGACGAUCUUCAUGGGAGGCUUGUCACUAUAUCUGUUCCUAGCUGAAAAGGGAACCGUCAUGGCGGAUAAUGGAGUUGUCCCGGUGAUUUGCAUGGUGAUGUACAUAUUUACAAGUACUUUGGGUUUUCUGGUGAUACCGUUCGCUAUGGUAGGCGAAGUAUUUCCCUCCAAAGUUAAAGAUAUAUUGUCGGGCAUGACGGUCGCCAUAGGUUAUCUCUUCAGUGCGAUAACCGUUAAGACAUAUCCAGAUAUGGAAAAGCUGAUGAGCAUGCAUGGCGUGUUCCUUUUCUUCGCAAUCAUGUCUUUAAUCGGCGCAAUAUUUAUCUUAUUAUUCUUACCUGAGACAAAGGGAAAGACUCUACGCGAGAUCGAAGACAUGUUCUCGACGAAAAAAAAGGCCUUCGAAUUGCAAUCGAUGGAAGGGGUUGUCGAAGAAGUAGUUACUCCGACUUCCGUCGGUUUUCUAAGAAAUUGAGAAUACUUAACAUACUUCAGCUAAUUAUGUUAAUUAAAUUUAUUUAAUUAAAUAUUGCA